UCAAAAUCGCUUGUUUCCUUACGAGGAGUUAACAUCGGUUCACUAUUUUAUAUUGAUAUUAAUGAUAUAUAAUAAACGUACGUGUACUUAUAUGGUGGUCUACUAUUGUGCAAUAGUUUUUGAUGUAAUAAGUUUUAUACAUGUCAUCAGAAGUCGGUAUAUAAAUAUAAACGGAGUGUUUUAAGUCAGAACAGUAAAUAUUUGGUGUCAGGGAAAUGGCUUGUUUUGGGUGUGAAACUCUGCUGUGGAUUGUUGCGAUAGUGAUUUUACUUGCUGCAGCAUUUUAUUUUUAUAUAACAUGGACUCACAGUAUUUUCAAGAAUGCCGGAAUCCCAGGACCAGAACCAGGUUUACUAGGAGUGGUUCCAAUGUAUCGUAACAACACUAUGGGUGAUAUUGAUAUAGAGCUUCAUAAGAAAUAUGGAAAAAUUUUAGGGUAUUUUAACGCGAGACUACCGGUUUUAUCGGUAGCCGAUCCAGACACAAUAAAGGAUAUUUGCAUUAAGCAUUUCAGCCAUUUUGUCGACAGACCAACUAUAUUGCCAAUGGACAAGUAUGAAAAAGGAUUCCUGACCUUAGUUCGGGGAGCAAAAUGGAAGAGCUCAAGAUCAAUCCUGACACCAACUUUUAGUUCUGGUAAAUUAAGAGAGAUGAUGCCAUUGAUGCAAACAUGUACAGAGAAUCUACUUAAGCAUUUAGAACAACAUGCCGACAGUGGGAAAUCUGUUGACGUGACAACUUUUAUCAAAGGUUACUCAUUGGAUGUCAUCUGUAGUGUUGCAUUUGGCAUAGAUGUUGACUCUCAGAACGAACCCGAUAAUCCAGUUAUCAAGGCCUGUAUUAAAGCUAUGAAAUUGGAGAUGACCGACCCAUAUACCAUAUUGUGUGCUACCUUCCCGUUUAUGGCUAGAGUAUUCGAGUCUGUAGGUAUUGGUUUUAUGGCUAGUGAUUGCAAAUCUGUUUUUACAAAACUUAUUGAUGAUAUUAUUAAGGAAAGGAAAGAAAAUCCAAGUAAACGGAAAGAUUUCCUCCAGUUGUUAAUUAAUGCCAACGAAGAAACCAAAGAUAACAAAGAUGGUUUGGCUUUUACGUACUAUGAUAUAUGGAGUGGCGCUGUGGUCUUCUUGCUAGCUGGUUACGACACAUCAUCAACUGCAUUAACAUUCGCACUCUACAAUCUCGCAACACACCCAGAAGUUCAGGAACGUGUGGUGGAAGAAAUAAACACAAAUUUCGCAAAGGAUGAAGCAGCUGACCAUGAUAAUGUUGGUAAAUUAACUUAUCUACAGAUGGUAGUAGAUGAAACUUUAAGGAUGUAUCCACCGUUAACAAAGUAGGGUACCAGUUAUAUUUCAUUGCACUGUCCACAGUGUGGGGAUCCGGGUGUUGGGUGGCUCAGUGGGUAUGACUCGCUAACGGUGGCUACUUGAGUAAGUAAGACGUUGGCUCACUAGCCCGAAGGUCGCGGGUUCAGUCCCGGUGUUGGCCGAGAAAGUUCAUCGUGGUUACCCAUUGUCAAUGGUACAGGAAGCAGGGCCUGACAAGGACAGCUGUCCAGUCGUUCGGAUGGGACAAAAUCGAGGUCCCGCGUACACAUUGGCGUGCACGUAAAAGAUCCUUUAGCAAUAACAAUUCGAUCCGUAGUGCCGCUGGAAGGGCAAACUUUCCCUCAUUGCACAUUGUUUGCCUCGCAGUGUUCAUUUGCACAGUCGGAGCAAAACAGUAGGACGUUAAACCCUAUUUCAAUUCAUUUCAUGAUAACUAUGUCGUCGAAACAGUUUCUUUGCAUUUUCCAGCCAGGUUCCGUCUUCUCAGUGAGUUAGGAAGAAGGACUUGACAAGCAAAUGCGUUUAGUCAAAAGAUUGAUAUCUCUAUCUUGGACAAGACAAUCUCGGCCCCGGUAUAUACCAUUGAAGUCGACAGAAAAGUAGGACGUUAAUUGUUUUGGUUUCUAUAUGCGUGUAUAUAUUUUAGAACGAGUCGUGCAGUUACUGAAGAAAUGGAACUGAAUGGUUACAAGAUAACGAAGGAAAUGGAAAUCUUUUUGCCAAUUUAUGCCAUCCACAGAGAUCCUGAUUAUUGGGAAAAUCCCGAUAGAUUUGACCCAGAA